AUGACGCAGAAAAACACUAAUGAGGGUGUUCUUAACCAAUUACUAGAACAUCUUUCAGCUAGAGAACUAAGUAAUCUACAAACAGAAGCACAGCAAAGUAAUUUAAUUCUACCAGAAAAAGUUCAAAACAGAACAGCAAACAACAACAAUCAGGAAUAUAGAACAUCACUUCAAGGUUUAGAUAGUCAAGUCAAAAAGCAAAGAAAAAUUUCUAUACAACAACAGAAACACAUUAUUUUAACAUCACAAUAUAAGAGUUUCAAUAACGAUCUUAUAGCAGCUUACAAAAGGGAGACAAGCGAGUUUAAGAGAGAUAUUGAUUCAAUCGAAAACAAACCUGUCGAACAACAUGAUUAUGAAGAUAUCUUCAAGGAUAUUCAGAGUAUUAUCAACAUACAAAAGGAUAAGGCUAAUUUACCACCUAGUGCUAAGAUAGAAAUUUUUCAGAAAGAUGCACCUAAAAAUUAA